AUGGAGGAUCAAUUCCAUGGUUUAGACAUGAAGUUAAAGGAGAAAGAGUUGAAAAACAAGUAUCUUCAAGAUAAGGUUAAAGAAUUGGAAUCGCAGCUUUUGGUAGAGAGAAAACUCGAACGACAACAUGUUGACAUGAAAAACUCCGACGAAAGCAAAGAAAACCAACAGCUAGACGAUCAUCGACUUCCACUUGUUUCUAAACCAUUGAAUACUUAUAAAAUCUCCGACGAAAGCAAAGAAAACCAACAGUCACUUAUCAACAAGAACAUAACCUACAAACUACCGGCGCCACUUCCUCCACCGAGAGACUUAGUCAAUCUCGACGUCAACGACUUCGUCGAAAAAGAAAACAACCCUUAUUUACCGGAACAGUUCAUAGCUCCAAAACGAACAGGUAGAGCCUCAAUUUGCACGACGACUUCACAACGAGUUCCGGUGAGAUCAGUAUCACCACGGCGGAACUCUUUAAUCCCACUACCUUCCGACGCCCCAGUUUUUACCAAGUACAUGCUGCAGCUGUAUCGAUUGUCGUCGAUUAAACCUGGUAACGAGAACUUGGAUGAAACCAGUGAGUCUUGUAUGGAGGAUAGUCUGAAAAGAAGCAAUGGAAGUGGAAAGAAGCUGAUGGGUGCUUUAAGACGAAGCUUUAAGAAAAAUCAGGUGAAGUCGCCGAUGAUGAUGGAGGGAAAAAGUGAAUGA